CAUCCGGCGACUGCUAAGUGGUAUGACAGGCGGGACUCCGUCUACAUCGAGUUCUGCGUAGCGGACAGCAAGGAUGUCAAGAUCAAUUUUGAGAAAGCUAAGUUUGUUUUCAGGUGAGUUAUGACAUCUGUCAGUGGAGGUUUAAAUGAAAAGUUUGACCAACUGCUCUAGGCAUUUGAUAAUUCUUCUAAUUUCCUUUCACCCCUCCCUUUACCAGUUGUCUUGGAGGAACUGAUCAAGUCAAACACCAGAACGAAGUAGACCUUUUCGAAGCAAUUGAUCAAAAUGUGAGUAACUUCAUUGCAUUGUCUUCCUGUCCUCAGGACAAGAUGCAGAUUGCUUCCUUCGAUAUAUAA